AAUUUCUCCUCCCGCGUCAUCCAAAGUUAUUACUCCUACAUUUCUAUACUCACCGGCUGGCGGGAUACCAUUGCACAUAUUCGAAAUUUUACGCUUUCCAUUUCCAGCGGACUCUAGGAUUGGCGUAGCGUGCUUGGAACCAUAUUUGAGCAAUGGCGAUGGCGAACAGUAGUUCUGGAAAGAGAGGAAAAGAUGCAGGACGAAGUACAGGGAAAGAUCCGGCUCGGGAAGCGAUAGAAACCUCCCUUUUGUCGUUUUCGAAAGAACUGUAUCGGACGCUCGACACGAAACAAGCUGAAAUUCAGCGUUUGACAGAGACGUUGGAAAGAGCGGAAAAUGACUCAAAGGAGCUAACGACUUCCAACGCCACGCUUCAAACUAUUUCAAAUCGCCUCGCGUACACUAUCGAAUCACUCGCCAAAUCAGAGGAACAACUCAAAGUUGUCAAUGAAUUACUCCUAGAGGCAAACGAAGCACGAAAAUCCGUCGACGAGGCUCGUAAAUCUGCCGAAGACUCGAAGAAAGAUGCAUUAUCUCAGCGGGAUUGGUUCAAAUCUGAAUUGGAUAGGAUAAGGAUUGAGUGGAGUGCAAAAUCAUCCGAGUCACAGACCCUGUUAGACCAAACGAGGGUAGAGUUGAAGGAUAUAAAGUUCGAAUUCAACAAUGCCAAAGCAGAGAGCAAAGAAGCUUGUAACGAAUUGGAAGCAAUCCGUCUGGAGAAAGACACUGCACGAAACGAAAGAGAUCAAGCAGUAAAGAUGCUUCAUCAGGCGCAAUUGCAAACCGAAGAGUGGAAACGGGAAUAUGAGAAGCGGGAAGGAGAGGUUACUCAUUUACACACCCAAAUUGCUUAUUGGAAAGACCAAGCGAAGAAGUGGCAUGCGUUUGUCGUUGACUCGACACACAGACAAAGUAAAAAGAUUAAAUCUGAAAGUGCUAUAGCCGCCGUGGCACCCCUUACACCUGCAUCUGCGUCAGGCUAUAGCUCGAGGCGAAGGGGAGUCGAUGAUGAAGAACAGAGCGAGGAAAUUGAAGAUGAGGAUGAUACAGACCCUGAUUCUCCCAUCGACUCUCAGCGUCGACGAAACCCUGUUGCUACCACUUUCGGCAACACUACCACACUUAGGCAGGGAGCAGGUGUGGAUACAUUCAACGCAACUGGGUCAGAGGGCAAUUUUCAGACACCAAAGACACUUACGAGAACCCCGAAAAAGCCCUCCACGUCCGGGUUGACUUCAACAGCUAGAGCUAAAGCUGCUACUUCCACAUCCUCCGCGCAUCCUUCCUCUAGUUCAAAGCCUGCACUUAGUAGAAAUGAGGUUCUAUUGUCAUCUAGAGCGCGCAGAAGAGACGAGGUUGGGACAAGCCAUGAUAACCGCGGCCGUCAGGAAGACGAAGUGCACAGCAGAGACUUAAAUGAUCCAGAGGAUUCUCAAGGGGAGUACGAAAGAGAUAAAUCUCUGUCAUCUCUCGUCUACCCAGCAGAUCCUGACCGAGUUCUUCCUAUCCCUCCAAGAACUCCUCACAAUCCUCGAAUACCUCGCAUACGUCACGACACCCAUCAGGCCUCCCAUGAUGAUCGAAUCACUCAUCCCGUCAUUGCUCCUACCUCUUCCACUUCAAAGGCAAAGGCCCCGCCCCGGAGCGUCAUACAUUCCCGUCUCAUCCGCCCUGUCAGAGAAUAUCAAUUUGUUGUUGAUAUUAAAGAAGAGGACGAUGAACCGGGCGUAAUUUCAGGAAGUUCUGGUGGUAAGGUGAACGGUCCUGUUCAUCACACUAGUAACAGAGAAGUCUUCGAGGAUGUAUACGAUGGCGAAAUUGAGGACGAUGAGCUAGAGGAACCAAGUGGCGAUGACACUCAACCUACGCCCACUCGGGAAAGGGCCAAAAGGAAAGGAAAGGCACGGGCUACUGAGCGUGUGCUUGAACACCGAUCGCAGAGUGCUUGGAAUUUGUUCGACGAUGAGCAGGUAGAGGAUAGCGUUGGCGUAGAAGCAGAAACAGCCCCAGUCGUUGGUUCUUUGACUGGUAUUGGAUCUUCAAGUAAGAGACGUGGCCGAGAGUGUUCGAAAAAGACUGGAAGGGUGAAGAGUAGGGGUAAAAGUGAUAUUGACUCUUCCCGUUCACGUUCACGACUCAAACCGAAGCCGAAACAUGUCGAUGGGGACAACGAUCUCGAUGACGAAAACGAUCCUAACUCGGAACAUGGCGACGACGGCGACAAUAAAGUCGAAUAUCAUCGACCUAUUCAGCGUACAAGACACCGAGCAAAUCCAUCCAGAUUGUCUUCGCCUUCACUAGCGUCGUCAGAAGACGAACUAAUGAUCACUUCUAAUGGUGUUGGUGGUAUCGGGGAUUCACCGAAGACCACAAGAACGGGUGCCUCGCGUACUCCACACCAUGAUCUGCACCAUGAUUCCUAUUCCUCACAUCCCUCGUCGUCAAAGAAACGCCCGCCCACUCCACUUACAUCGAAUACGUCCGAUGGAGGCACGGCAUCAAGAAAGAGGAGGAAGAGAUGAAGAAUUUAUCCUGUCCUUUGCAGAUUUAAUCAAACCUGGGAAACUUCUUCCUUGCGCCUACAUUCUUCCUGCUCCUCCUUCGACGUACUUCACCAUUUGGUCUACAUCCUGCCUCUUACGAACAAUCUUAUUCUUAACUUAUUGCAUCUCUCAACAUCGCGUUAUAUAUAGUAUACAUAAAAUGAUUAAUUUAGACAGAAAUCUUAUUUUAUCUGCAGAAAAUCCUCUCAUUUUCACUGCCUUUUGCGUCUGCGUAGGACUCCUCCUUUCCCUAAGUAGGCG